UCCCGGGCUACAUAAACCGGGUGUAAGACCUGGUGAUCACCAAGCUCUCUGUCACUCUGUAGAAGCAGCAGCAGCAGCAGAAGAAGAAGAAGAAGAAGAAGGAGAUCCUCCAGGACAAAGAUGAGCAGCGCGUCUGUGGUCAGUUUAUCGUCCUCCCGCCUCGGCGGCUUCUCCUCCUCCUCCCUGACUCUGAGCGGAGGUCUCCAGCGCCGCUCCGCGGUGCGCGCUCCCAGCGUGUACGGAGGCGCGGAUGGCCGGAGCGUGCGCGUGUCCUCGCAUCAGUUUCUUCAUGGCUCCCAGAGCAACCUGUUCGGCCAGUCGGGCCUGUCCCUGGAGGGAGUGGGAGUGGGAGUGGGGCACAGUGACAAGCUCACCAUGCAGAACCUCAACGACCGGCUGGCCACGUACCUGGAGAAGGUGCGCGCGCUGGAGAAGGCCAACGCCGAGCUCGAGCUGAAGAUCCGCGAGUGGUACCAGAAGCGCGCGCCCGUCACGCGCGACUACAGCCACUUCCUGACCACCAUCCACGACCUGCGCGACAAGAUCAGAGUCGCCAACCUGGACAACGCCAGGAUCAUUCUGCAGAUCGACAACGCCAAGCUGGCUGCUGAGGACUUCAGAGUCAAGUAUGACAACGAGCUGUUGCUGCGCCAGUCUGUGGAGUCUGACAUCGCCGGGCUGCGCCGUGUCCUGGAUGACCUCACCAUGACCCGCUCAGACCUGGAGAUGCGGAUCGAAGGCCUCAAAGAGGAGCUGAUCUACCUGAAGAAGAACCACGAUGAGGAGAUGGCGGCUAUGCGUGCUCAGAUGACCUCCAGCAGUGUGAACGUGGAGGUGGACGCUGCUCCUCAGCAGGACCUGUCUCACAUCCUCGAUGAGAUCCGCGCACAGUACGAGGGGAUCACUGAAAAGAACCGCCGUGAAAUGGAGGCCUGGUACAAGGUCAAGUUUGAUGAUUUGAACAAGCAGGUGAAGUUGAGCACAGAGUCUAUCGAAACUCACCGCAGUGAGGUCAGCGAGCUCAAGAGAACCCUGCAGGCGCUGCAAAUUGAGCUGCAGUCUCAAAUUAGCCUGAAAGCGGCUCUGGAGGGCACGCUGCGCGACACAGAGAGCCGCUUCAGUGUCCAGCUCAGCCAACUACAGGCCAUAGUCAUCAGACUGGAGGAGGAGCUUACGCAGAUGCGUCAGGACAUCGAGAGGCAGGCGACCGAAUACGAGCUGCUGCUGGAUAUCAAGACCAGACUCGAGCUGGAGAUCGCCGAAUACAGACGCCUGCUGGACGGAGAGAACAUCAAUCGAACCACAGUGACCAAGGUGGUUGAGGUUCAUAAACCUCCACCAAAACCCGAACCAGUGGUGACGAAGCGUGUGCGCACUGUGGUCGAGGAAGUGAUUGAUGGCAAGGUCGUGUCUCGCACCGAGGACGUCGAUGUUGAGGUUCUGAACAAAAACUAGGACUUGAUGCCAUGACCACGUAACAUGCCGUAACUAAUAAUAACAAUAAGUAACUUGUAAGCAGUCUUAAGAUGUAAAAGAGUGAAAUAUCUCUGUAUGGAUGAUAUGAAAGCAUCAACAUCUGUAACUGCAUAAGAGAAACAAAUAAAGAAUACACUUCUAUCA